AUGUCUUCCGACGAAAUCGUGUGGCAGGUUAUAAACCAGCAAUUUUGCUCCUACAAACUCAAGACAACCAAAGGCCAAAACUUCUGCCGCAACGAAUAUAACGUGACCGGCCUGUGCAAUAGACAGUCAUGUCCGCUCGCAAACUCCCGAUAUGCCACGGUUCGCUCCGACCCAGCAACAGGCGCGAUGUACCUGUACAUGAAGACAAUUGAGAGAUCUCACAUGCCCAGCAAAUGGUGGGAGCGGAUACGAUUAUCAUCCAACUACGCAAAAGCCCUCGAGCAACUCGAUGAGCGCCUGAUCUACUGGCCCAAGUUUUUAAUCCACAAGUGCAAGCAGCGACUUACUAGGCUCACGCAGGUGUCAAUACGGACGAGGAAGCUUAUUAAGGAAGAGGAAAGGCUGGGAGAGAAAUUGGUUGCGAAGCUAGCGCCUAAGGUCAGGAGAAGAGAGGAGACUCGUGAACGCAAGGCAGAGGCUGCUGCGAAGGUGGAAAGGGCCAUUGAGAGAGAGCUGAUUGAGAGAUUAAGGAGUGGCGCCUAUGGUGAUCGACCGCUGAAUGUGGAGGAGGGCAUUUGGAAGAAGGUUCUGCGCGGCUUGGAGAGGCAGGGAGAGGGUGAGCGGGAUGAGGAUCUCGACGAAGGCAUUGAGGAAGAGGAGGAGGAAGAGGAAGGUGUUGGCGAGGUUGAGUAUGUAAGUGACAUUGACGAGGAGGAUGACGAUUUGGAGGAUAUGGAGGACUGGUUAGGUGGCGACAGUGUAGAGGAGGAGGAGGACGACGACGACGACGAGGAUGAUGAUGACCAUGAUGACGAUGAAAGCAACGACAAUAGUGAGGAGAGCAGCGAAGUGGACGAAGCCCCCAAGAAACCUGUACCUGGCAGCAAGCGGAAACGUGCUCCACUCCCUCCCAAACCAAGGAAGAAGGGUGGCCGGAUUGAGAUUGAGUAUGAGACUGAGGGACCAUCGAAGGAGGGGAUAUAUACUUGA